GACAUUUUCAUUCAUGAAAUAAUAUUGAUACAAACGAUUGUGCCACAGAUGUCGAAUACCUUAAAAUAAUUACUGUGAUCUUUACAGUAUUUAAGAGAACGACCUACGAACGGAAAAAUGCCAGACACAGCCGAGGAGGACAUGGGAAUGUCCGUUCGUUUAACGAACGAUGACUUCCGUAAGUUAUUGAUGACCCCAAGGGCAUCUGUUCCAUCGGCCACACCAGCGUCUGUACCUGGAACUGCUAGAGAUGCCAGUGCAAAAACUGCACAGACUCCCAAUGUCAGCGGUGGCAGUCGAGCAGAGCUCAGGAGAAAAAAGAAGAGCUUCUAUGCCAAGCUGAAAAAGCAGGAGGAAGAUAAGAUGGCAGAAUUGGCAGAAAAGUAUAGAGACAGAGCAAGAGAACGUAGGGACGGUACGAAUCAAGAUUACCAAGCUGAGGAUCCAAUGAACAGCGCCAGUGCGUACAGAGCUGUGGCACCAGACUUGAAGUCAGGAAUGGAUGCUGCUGAACGUAGACGGCAAAUGAUCCAACAGUCCAAAUUCUUGGGUGGAGACAUGGAGCACACUCACUUGGUGAAAGGGCUAGAUUAUGCUCUCCUGCAGAAGGUACGUAGCGAAAUCGAGGCAAAGGAGCACGAACAGGAGCAAGAGAUGGAGAAGCUGGUGAAGCCAAAGGAGAAAGUGAAGGAGAAAAAGGAGGUGGAGAAGAAAGAUGAUGAAAUGCAAUUUAAGACCAAAAUCGCCCGCAAUGUUUACAAGACUGUUAUGACCAUGAAGUCCAAGACAAUAGAAAGGAACGAACUAUUCACGCCUGGUCGCAUGGCUUACGUAAUAGAACUGGAUGACGAGAACACGGAUGUAGAUAUACCGACCACUUUGAUCAGAAGUAAAGCAGACGUACCUACGAUAGACAACACGCCGACCUUAACGACAAACGACAUAGUAAUAAACAAACUGGCGCAGAUAUUGUCGUACCUGCGGCAAGGUAACCGUCACGGGAAGAAAGGAAAGAAGAAUAAAGACGGCAGAUCCAGGCCUGAUGAUAUGAAUGACAUGGACAUCGCGCCAAGACCACAGGACGAGAGUAUUUAUGGUGAUAUCGGGGACUAUGUUCCUGCGAUCGGGAAGAAGGACCAGAAUCAGUCUAGAGAGAAAAAGAAGGCGUCCUACUUUGACAAGCCAGAAAGUGGUUUGGACGCAGAUGACAAAGCAAAUGCUCCACAAUUGCCUAGCGUUGCGUCCUCUAGUGUAGACGUCAAUGCUCCCAAGAAAGGAGCUCUCCUUAACAAGUUGGCCGCCGAGCCGGAAGGCUACGCGGAAUGUUACCCCGGUCUGGACGAAAUGCAGGACGCCAUUGACGAUUCCGACGACGAGGUCGAUUACACCAAGAUGGACCUUGGUAAUAAAAAAGGCCCAAUCGGUCGAUGGGACUUCGAUACGCCGGAGGAGUACAGCGAAUACAUGAACAAUAAAGAAGCGUUGCCGAAAGCGGCGUUUCAGUACGGUGUAAAGAUGGCCGACGGUAGAAGAACGAGGAAGUACAAUAAAGAGAAGAACGAGAAAGCAGAGUUGGACAGAGAAUGGCAGAAGAUUCAGAAUAUUAUGAACAAGAGGAAACCGACCAACGUGAUGGACGGUGGAUCGGAAUUUAAAGUACCUAGAUACUAAAUAAUCUAAUAUAAUUUUCUGUACACUUACUUACAGUUAAUUCUACUUUAUUAACGUAUAUGCUAUUGUAUAAAAACACAAUUUUUCCUCUACCUUGUCCCCUCUAUAUAAAUUGGUAAUGUAAUAAAACAAAAUUUAUUAUUUUUAAGA